AUGGCUGGAGCCCUGGGUGGCCAGAGCAGCAGGUACCUGGCCAAGCUGUCAUCAGUGGGCAGCAUCUCUGAAGAGGAGACGUGCGAGAAGCUCAAAGGUCUGAUCCAGAGGCAGGUGCAGAUGUGCAAACGGAACCUCGAGGUGAUGGACUCAGUGCGCCGCGGCGCCCAGCUGGCCAUUGAGGAGUGUCAAUACCAGUUCCGGAAUCGGCGCUGGAACUGUUCCACACUGGACUCCCUGCCUGUCUUUGGGAAGGUGGUGACACAAGGGACCCGGGAGGCGGCUUUUGUCUACGCCAUCUCUUCAGCAGGUGUGGCCUUUGCUGUGACAAGGGCAUGCAGCAGUGGAGAACUGGAAAAGUGUGGCUGUGACCGGACAGUGCACGGGGUCAGCCCACAGGGCUUCCAGUGGUCAGGAUGCUCGGACAACAUCGCCUAUGGCGUAGCCUUCUCGCAGUCCUUUGUGGAUGUCCGGGAGAGAAGCAAGGGGGCCUCCUCCAGCCGGGCACUCAUGAACCUUCACAACAACGAGGCUGGCAGGAAGGCCAUCUUGUCACACAUGCGGGUGGAGUGCAAGUGCCACGGGGUGUCGGGUUCCUGCGAGGUAAAGACGUGCUGGCGAGCUGUACCGCCCUUCCGUCAGGUUGGCCACGCCCUAAAGGAGAAGUUUGACGGCGCCACGGAGGUGGAGCCAAGACGAGUAGGCUCCUCCCGGGCACUGGUACCACGAAAUGCACAGUUCAAGCCACAUACGGAUGAGGACCUGGUAUACCUGGAGCCCAGUCCAGACUUCUGUGAGCAGGACAUACGCAGUGGCGUGCUAGGCACGCGGGGCCGCACAUGCAACAAGACGUCUAAGGCCAUUGACGGCUGUGAGCUACUGUGCUGUGGCCGUGGCUUCCACACAGCACAGGUGGAGCUGGCUGAGCGCUGCGGCUGCAGGUUCCACUGGUGCUGCUUCGUCAAGUGCCGGCAGUGCCAGCGGCUUGUGGAGAUGCACACAUGCCGGUGACUGUGCCCGUCUGUGCCCAGGACCAGCUACCUGCGUGGCCCAGGGAUGGCCAAUAACUUAAACAGUCUCCCAUCACCUACCCCAAAAGAUACUGGUUGUAUUUUUUGUUUUGGUUUGGUUUUUGGGUCCUCAAGUUAUUUAUUGCCAAAAAAAAAAAUAGGCAGGCAACCCCAAGGGCACCAACCAGGGGCUCCCCAAGCCUGGGCCUUUGUGUGUGGCUGCCGCUGACCAAAGGGACUUUGUUUAUGCCUCUGGCUGUCCACAUUGACCACUGCUGACUACUCA